AUCAAUAAUACAAUCAAUUUUAUACAUUGUAUUUUAACAUGGUAUCAGAGCGAUAAGAUUUAGACCUGUAUUUUCUUUCUCACCGGCGGGCAGCCGGCCGGCAACUUUGCCUUCGCUGCCCGCUGGAAUUUUCUACACAUAGCUUCGAGUUCUUUGCCAUCAACGGUGGCAACAUUUAUCCUCAAUGUCCGCUGCCUCUGCUCCGCCACCGGUGGAUCAGAUAUCCGCUGUGUCCCUCUCCGACGCCGUCGAAGAGGCCAGCUUCUCUCAACGCGUCCUCAUCAAGAGCAUCAUCGGCCACCCCGACGGCGGUGCCGGUCUCUCCGGGAAGACGGUGAGAGUCGGCGGCUGGGUCAAGACCGGUCGCGAGCAAGGCAAGGGCUCGUUUGCUUUCUUGGAGCUCAACGACGACUCGUGCCCAGCCAACCUCCAGGUCAUGGUUGACGCCGCCGUGGCUCCGCUCAGCCAGCUGGUGGCUACCGGCACGUGCGUGCACGUGGAAGGAGAGCUGAAGUUACCGCCGGAAGGGACGAAGCAGAGGAUCGAGCUUAGGGUUUUGAAGGUUCUCGAUGUGGGGACUGUGGAUCCGGCGAAAUAUCCAUUGCCUAAGACCAGGCUGACUCUUGAGUUUCUCAGAGACUAUGUUCAUCUUCGCCCUAGAACAGAUGUAACCCACUCCCUCUCUCUCUGUUCUGAGGAUAAAUUAAACCCCAAUUCAAGAAUCCUCCCACUUAACUUUCUUUUUCUUGUUUUAUUAUUUUACUCCAUCUUUUAAAAACCCACUUAACUUUCUUUUUCUUUUUUAUUAUUUUACUCCCUCUUUUGAAAUGAAACCGACAACACCACACCAAGCAACCCACGUGUCCCAUU